GCCAGAGAGUAUUUAAUUAUAUUUUAGUGUCUCUGGUAGGGCCUAUAUUGGCCUAAUUAUAGAGAGCAGAAACGAGGCCUCUUAGCGCGAAUCUAGGUCACCAGCUGAUCGUGAAACAAGGCGCGGUACGUAAACAAAGCAAAUGGCGGCUGUCGGCAGUCGCAAGUCACCCGCAUUGUACGCUAAGUGGUGUUCUGCAGCAGUCUGUAUCCGUGCCAAUUCAAGAUCGCAUAAUUACCACACCUAGAUCUAGCAUUCUUUAGCUUUCCAAAGGACCCUGAAAUUGAAACCAGCCUUUGGCCAUGAAAGGAAAGGAAGGCGGCUUGAAGCUACCAAGAUGACUGAUCUCAAAGAUAGGACUGUUCAAUGCAAAAGCAUUCCUUUUUUCCAUAAUGCUAGUGACAAGCAACAUAUAUCUGGACAGACAUGCGAUGAGGACAAUGUAAUAUGUCAACCACAUGUUUCCAGUGACAUAACACAUAGUGAUGUAAUUGAUUUGACCGAUGAUAGUGUUGACAUAUUUACCAAAGUGCGUUUUAGUAAAAAGAAAAAGAAGAAGAAAAGAAAAAGGGAGAAAAAUGCUCUUAUUAGAACAGACUAUGAGAACAGUGUGAAUGACAGUGGUGCUGAUAUUAAUCUCAUAGGCAAUGACUUUAUAAUAAUUGAAAAUAUUAACCAUCAAGGCACUCAGGAGAAAGAAAGUGACAUACCGAUAUCUGACCAGGGUAUGCUUUCAACAGCUCUUCCUUCAGUCUUUAGACAGACCAGGAGACAAAGAAGAGAUGUGAACUACAAUGAAAACUUUCUCAGUUCCAAAGAAUCUAAUCCAUAUGCCAAUGCCUGUGAACAGUGCAAUGCCUGUUUUGAGUCUCCUGCAGAAUUAGCUUCUCAUAGUAUUAAGCAUCUGCAUCAAGCUGAUCAAGUGUUUAUUUGUGGUGAGUGUGGCAGAAAUUUCCGUAAUGCACUUGGUCUUAGAACUCAUGAACGCAGAAGGCAUGGGAAAAUUAUGACACACAACUGUUCUACAUGUGAAAAGUCUCUUUCAUCAUUUGAAGCACUGAAAAAACAUCGAAUGAUGUGCAACAAGAAGCAAACAAAAUGUUCCAAUCUAGAAAGUCAAAUGUCUAAUGGUGGGGUGGAAAAUAAAUCUGAGAAGAAAAUAUUUAACUGCUCUGAAUGUAGCAAAACAUUUGGUGAUGAGACAUACUUAAAUGAUCACCAAAAACUGCACAGAGAUGGAGGCAUUGCUUUUGCUCAGAAUUCUUCUAAUUUACAAUGUCCUGAGGAUGGUUGUAUGCUUAAGUUGCCCAAUUUACAUGCAUAUAGAAGGCAUGCAAGAACUCAUUCAAAAAUUAGGCCAUAUCCUUGUCCACAGUGUAGAAAGUAUUUUUCCUUGUGGGGCAACAUGAUCAGGCACAUGAAAACACACUUUGACAUAAAGACUCAUGAGUGUCCAGAUUGUGAAAGAAAGUUUAGUGAUGCAGCUUCCAUGGUAAGCCACAGGAGGCAUAUUCACACUGGGGAAAAGCCAUUUUCUUGUGAACUGUGUCCCAAAGCUUUUGUAACAAAGUCAGAUCUGAACCGACACAACUUGUCCCACUCUGAGGAAAGAAAACAUGAGUGUACAGAUUGCGGAAAAAGAUUCAAACAGAGGAAUGCUCUCAUUUCUCAUAUGAGAAGGAAGGCUCGUGAGAGGUCUUGGCAGUGUGGCGUAUGUAAUAAAUCAUUUCUGUCUAAAGGUGGACUCAUGGCUCAUAUGGCCAUACAUUCUAAGGUGAAACUGUACGAAUGUGAAACAUGUGAGAGACAGUUCUCUCAAAUAGCAAGCUUAAAAGCUCACAUGCGGACACACACAGGUGAGCUCCCUUACUCCUGUACAUUUUGUGGGCAAAAGUUUGCCUUCAUUAGCAACAAAAUUCGACACGAGAAAACAAAGCAUCGGUAGGUUCAGGUUUUCAUCACUAAUAUAAUCUAGUUCAACGCAAACAGAGCCAAUCAUAAUGCUUAGGCUUAAGCCUAGAAAAUUUCUUUGUUGAGACCAGACAUUUUUAUUUUGUACAGAUCUGAUAGUCACUUUUGUGUUGUCUUUGAAAAUACAUGUGCUUUCAUUCACUCAUUACUUACUUUCUUUAAUUAUUAAGAAAAGGAAAAUUAAAAGUAAAACAAAAUAAGAAACAAGUGCAUUUUGCAAGACAAUUGAAACGUGACAUUAGGAGUUGAAAUCUGUAUUUAUGAUGUAAAAUAAUAAUGUCCCUGGCAACAAAGACAUUUUUUUUUUCAGCAUGAGAAGUAAUUUUUUUUAGUUAACACUAUCCAAACACUCUGGGGUCAUGUUGUACCCCCGAGGUUGUAUUCUUCACAUUUUAGAAUACUUCUAGUACAAAGAUCUCUUUGAAGCUUUCAGUAUUUCUAAAAAAAUCAUUUUGACAGACUGCUAUGCAAAGCGUAGCCUACGGAUCAGAUUAACGAGUAAAUUUAGUCUUUGAAAUUGGUGGCACAGAGUUCCUCACGUCGUAUGGAUACAAUAGUAAAACAUGACGUACAGAUAGGGUUAAGAUGGACCUUUCCAGAGCUUGAAAUAGACAGCGGCAAUUUGCCUUGGUGCCUUUGCAAUUUGCUGUAAUGCCCUUAAAACCAAAGGGUCAACCGCUGCAAUUUUUGGCGUGCCCUUGUUUUUGGGUUUUUUAAAAAAAUGUAACGCCUUGAAAAUCAAUAUUUGUCCUGUGCGUGCUGUCAAUUGAGAAAAA